CUUCAAUGCUGCUUGGGUGGGGAUCCUCUGCUUGGUCUCCGCCGCGGUCUCAACUAAACUCUCCUUUUGGUAGUCAACCUUUGCCGCCGUCGUCAGCGUUCGACUUUCGUCUGCCUCAAGAUUCGCCUCUUAGUCGUCCCACUAAGUCCUUGCUCGUGGAACAGAGCCUUGCUGCUAUCAAGGCCUCGGGGUCGUCAAAUCUCGACUUUUCUCAACCUGUAGCUUCUCCACCAGCUAAUGAAGAGGAUACUACUAUGACUAAGGCCAAGACUCCUCCACCGCUUCCAGAGGACGAGACUAUGGACGUCGACUCCCCUCCUCCAACUCGUCGUAUUGUCAAGACCUUAAAACCGGCGCCCAAUCCUGUCUUCGAGGACUCGGUCCCUGAUAACGAUGACACGAUCGUUAUUGAUUCACCCAGGUUACUUCGGGGGCGCAAGAAGAGCAAGGACAACAAACCUCGCCCUCGACCAAUUAUCAAAACAGGUCCUCCUAAGGGCAAGGACAAGGAGGCCUCAGUCCCCGCUACCAAGAAGCGUAAGAUUCACGCAGUCGAGGACGAGAGAAAUGACGAAGCCCCCGAAAUGCCAGAUGCUCAUCGUGGCCGUGGACGAGGCAAGGGAGAACCUCCCCAUCCUUCUAGAGGAAUCUCUGGAGGAGGGUUUGGCGAACGCGUUCCAGAGGGUAUGGAAGAAGUGCCCAAUCCUCGUUCUGCGUUGGGGGUGCUCGUUCUUUCCAGGGACUUUGGCAAGUAUGUCGAGGUUGACGGACGUCUUUGGGCUGCAGAUAUUGCUCCCUUCGUUGUAGAGGAGUACUCGUACCCUUGCGACCAGUGCAAGAAAGCUGGGACGCAUUGCCGUGCCCUGCAGCGAUCGGGGUGCAUCUGUGCGCGUUGCGUUUAUACCAAGGGACUUUGUACUUUCAACGGCAAGAAAUUGCUGCGCCCUCGUAUCCCGUAUCGUCCAGAUCCUGUUCAAUACGAUGCCAUUGUCGCCGCUCGCAAUCUCAUCAAUCAGCACAUGGACGCUAUCUCUCGCAUUAUCCGCGACAUCUUCCUGGCCUCAAAUUUGCAGGAGCAUGUGUCUGGCCUUUGGGACUGCGUCAAUUCGUUAUGGGGUGUUGAAGCUCUGGCUAAGGUCAUGGAUGGGGUUGAAGGGGGUGAAACGUCGGGCAUCGAGGAGGUUGAAGAGAACGAGGCUGGCCCUUCUACGGUUUAAUCACAAGUUGAUUAUGCCCGCGCGUAGGAGUACAGGGUCUUGCCACUCUUCUGUUUUCGAGUCUGUGGCUUUGGCGUAGGGAUUUCUUGGGAGCUUGACUCCG